CGGCCUGACCCCCCCUCCGGCGCUUUGGGUUACAGCCAUGAAGCCGGACCUGGCGCUGCCCCUCGUCGCCCUCGUGCUGGGCUCGCUCUGCGCCCCCUCGCGGGCCGACGGCGGAGGCGAGAAGAGGAAGCUGCAGAUCGGAGUCAAGAAGCGGAUGGACAACUGCCCCAUCAGGUCCCGCAAGAGCGACACGCUGCACAUGCACUACACGGGGAAACUGGAGGACGGGACGGAGUUUGACAGCAGCAUCCCCCGGGGGACCCCCUUCACCUUCACCCUGGGCACCGGGCAGGUCAUCAAAGGGUGGGACCAGGGGCUGCUCGGGAUGUGCGAGGGGGAGAAGAGGAAGCUCGUCAUUCCCCCGGAGCUAGGGUACGGUGACCGAGGCGCUCCACCGAAGAUCCCAGGUGGAGCGACGCUGAUCUUCGAGGUGGAGUUGCUGAAGAUCGAGCGGCGGGCGGAACUGUAGGGGUGGGGAAGACCCUCGGGUCCUAACCCCCCCAACCCCCCCCCACACACACACACACACACAAAAUAAACAGCAGCUCUCCCGCCU